UUUUUAGAGCACCGGCCUUCCUCCCGAUCUUUUCGGUGGAAACCCUGGGUAUCAGAGAAGUCCUAUACGCAGCUCGUUACUCCAACUUCAGAAAAAUAAGAAUCUUCUCCGACUCUAAAUCGAUACUCUCAGCUCUAAACACAAUUGACAUUGCAGGGAAAGUCAACCCCCACGUCAGCAACAUAAAAGAUGACAUCAAGGAAUUGGAAUCCCGGGGUUUCGAUAUUUCUCUCGUAUGAGUGCCGGCUCACAUGGGCAUUUUCGGUAACGAAUUAGCCGACAGGAAAGCUAAGGAGGCGUCCACCUGGGGAAUAAACACCCUAUUUAGAUAUCACCCUUGCGACCUUAAGGGUCAUUGGAAAAAAAGGCUAUAUGAUGACUUCGAGAAUUGGAUACAAGAAAACUCCCUUAACAAAGGAAGCUUGUUCACCCGGUUUAGAAUCGUGGACUUCCCCGAAUGUCCUCACUGCAAUACACUCGAGUCCGCGGAUCACGUAAUUUGGCAAUGCUCUCGCUUCGAAGUUCAGAGGGAUAUCUUGUUGCGAAACGGAAUGACCACCUUUCGUACCCUACCUUGGCCGGUCCAUUCUCUUCUAGCGACCAAAGAUCUAAAAAGCUACACUCUACUAGGCCAGUUCAUAAAUGGAAUAAACAUAUUCAUAUAA